AUGCCCAAUAUCCAAGAUAAUUCGGAGUCGAAUAACCAGACAAAGCCACCUUCAGUUGACGAGAAAAUAAGAGAGGCUGCUGCUAAAAAGUUGUACCAAACAAUAAAACCAUGGCAGACCCGAAUCCUUCGCGUUGACCCCGCCACCAAAUUCGAAAAUCCUCUUAUAUGCACGCUUCUAGUUGCCGACGUUAUAGUUCAUGAGGGUCUCGGGGUUGUCGAGGAAGACGGUCCUCGAGAAAUUCACUAUGAAGCACUGUCGUAUACAUGGGGUGCACCGAUCUUCUCACGGCCGAUUCAAAUAAAUAGGAUCCAAUUUUUCAUUACGGAUAACCUUGACUCCGCCCUGCGUCAUCUUCGUCUGGGUGAUGCGAAAAGGUAUUUAUGGGUGGAUGCACUCUGUAUCAACCAAUUUGACGUCAAAGAAAAGUCGGUUCAAGUAGGUCGGAUGUUUCCGAUAUACCAGAAAGCCCGCAGAGUCGUUGCGUGGAAUUCGGGAUGGACAAGAGAGAAAUGCGACAUUCUAUCUACAGUCCUCGAAAACAUGUCGAGCAACCAGAAGCAUAGUGAUGACUGUCUUGUACGUCUGAAGGACCUACGUCAAUUUCUCUCAAGUGCCUGCGAGCCCCCUUUAUUUAAGCGGACUUGGGUUAGACAAGAGACAUUCGCAGCGAGGGAAUUAGUGAUGCAGUUCAGUGAUCUCACGAUCUCCUGGAGAGACUACGAGCGCAUUAAGGACUAUAUCGACUCAAUACGGGGACGUGUGGAUGCGGGUCCCGAGUCCGGCAUCCCAGAUUUUACAGAUUUUACAGACGCGCUCUACCUCAAGUCCCCCUUUAACGCGAUCAUGACAUUGGUGCAACCCGACUACAAACACGACCAUAAAUCACGUAACGAACGACACAAGGCGGCGAGGCAUGCUCCAGUAUCGCUCCUUGAUGCACUUAUAUUUUCAUCGUCAUUUGGAGUCACGGACCCCCGAGACUUGGUUUACGGGAUACUAGGAUUUACGACGGUUCCCAUUUCACAAGGGGUUACAAAUACGCAUCGGGCAACAUUGAAAGUUGACUAUAGUCGCUCCGUUUCUGAAGUAUACCAGGAUGUUGUCAAGUACGAGAUUAGUCGGUCAGGAUCGUUAGCCAUUCUUGACUUUGCUGGAUCUCGUCCGACACCGGAUCUUCCGUCAUGGACCCCUGACUGGAAGACCUAUGACCCAAAGCUUGCGCAGCAUCGUGUUUUGAACAGAACUAACUCGUGGAAAUACGGGUUCAUCGAUGUUCAGAAGAUCGGAGCGUCCUGGAAACCGGCCCCACAACCGUCAGAUACAUACGGAGUCCUAUACACCCGGGGCGUCGUUCUCGGCACCAUACAAGAUGACAUAGACGAAAAUACGGGUUGGAAGCCGUUCGUUUCUCCAUAUUUCGAGGCCGGUUUUAAGGAGAGAUUCGGAGGAAGGGGCUUUGACGACGAGAAACUUUUCCCGGGCGUGAAGCGCGACUACAAAUCGACAUUCCACAAUCUUUACGAUGACGUGGGUCUACCGCUCUAUGGCGGGAAAGUUUCAGGAGUGAGACCGAGCAAGGCUUGCGAGAGGUUGUUGACCUUGGCACAGGUUGAAAUGCUCGAUAAAAUUAAAUCGACGGUUCGAAACCGAAUCAUUGUACCACCGGAACCUAUCCGAUGGAACCAUAUCAUCGGAUUAGCAUCGCCGAGCAUAUCAUUAGCACCCAAGACAUCUUUAACUAAUGAUAUCAUCGUGUUGUUCCAAGGAGCACGCUGUCCAUUCGUCAUUAGACGCAUUGGUCAGGAAAAACAUAUUUUGGUAGGGAGGGCCGUAUUUCCUCUUUGGUAUGAACAUAAGUCGGCGUCUUUUGAUGAUUUGAGCGUGUAUGAGAGAACAUGGUCCAGCAAUAACGCUGUUUAUACGGAGACUUCCGACGUAUUGGAAAGUAGAUUUUUAUGGCCCGAAACAAUGGCAUCAGUCUGGAGACCCGUUCUUGAGGAUGCCGAGUUUCUGGGUGCGUUGGAGGAUUUCACCCUUACAUAA